AUCAUUACCGCUCGACCCCUAUUUUCUGUAGAAUUAUGACAUAACCUAAAUUUGUGAUUGAUAUUUUGAUUUGAUCGAGUGUUUUAAAGUAUAACAAUAAUAAAAAUGGAUAAAUCGAUAUUACUGCAAAAGCAAGUAAAAGAUAAUACGGAAGAUUUACAGAAAGAAUUUCUUGAUAUGAAAAAUUGGGAAGAACAGAUGAAACGUAAAGAUGAGGAAAUCAAGAAAGAAGCAAUUGGUCAGAUCACUUUACCACCAGUUAGAAGCAAACAUCAAAAUAAUGCAAAAAAUGCUCCUGCAAAACACAAUGGAAUUGAUAUUAAAUCAAAAAGAAUUAAAUCUUAUGAUUAUUCUGCUUGGGAUAAAUUUGAUGUGGAUAAAGCAUGUACAGAUGUUGAUAAAGAAGAGCAAUCAGAUGAUUCUGGAGAUGAAACUAUGUCUAAAGAAGAAUUGGAAAAAGUUCACCAGGUAGCAACCAAGCAUAAAAAUGAAGGCAAUGCUUUUGUACAGCAGCAAAAAUGGUCUAAAGCUAUUUCAUGUUAUAAUGAGGCUAUAAAAGCUUUCCCAUAUGAUGCUAUAUUUUAUGCAAAUCGUGCACUUUGUCAGUUAAAGUUAGACAAUUUUUAUUCUGCAGAAUCAGAUUGCUCAACAGCUAUUCAGUUGGAUGAAACUUAUGUGAAAGCCUAUCAUAGAAGAGCAUCAGCUAGAAUGAACCUGAAACAAUACAAAGAAGCUAAACAAGAUUUAGAAAAAGUUUUAAAACUGGAACCAUAUAAUAAAGAGGCUAAAUCAAUGCUUGUUCAAAUUGAAAAUAAAAUCAAAGUUUCAGAACCAUCUGCUUUGAAUGAAGGUAUAAAGAAGUUACCAGAAAAAUUAACAAUUGAAAAGAAGAUGGAUAAAAAAAUAUGUGGCAGUACUGUAUCAGAAUCUCAAGCAACAGAUAGUAAAAAUAUUAAAGUGAAUAAAUGUACAAGCGAUGACGAAACCAGUAUUAAAAAUAUCAAACAUAGUACAUGUAAUAUCUCUACAGCAGAUAAAAAAGGUGAUACAGAAGAUGCUAUAAAAAAGCAAGAAAGGGAUCCACGUAUUCCUGAUUGGUUACCAGAAAAAGAUGAUGUUAUUGUAAUAGAACCUACCAAAAAGCCUCCUCACUUACGUUCAAAAAAAUCAUUAACAAGAAUAUCAGUUGAAGAAGUAGAAUUUGGUAUCCCUCAACAUAAAUAUGAUAAGGAUAAGAUGGAAUAUAAUAAAACUGAAUCUGUACUGCUUGAGGAUGUUAGUAAAGAUAAUAAUCUUAUGGAAAGUAAUGAUUCUGCAAAAAUUUCCGAACUUACAGAGGAUAUUUACAAUAUACCGCCAACUCCUAAAACAGCAGUACAAUUUAUAAUGAACUGGAAAACGAUUAAAACAUCAGAACUUAGAUAUAAAUAUUUAAAGCAAUUAUCUGGGAAUAACUUACAUCAAAUAUUUCAAGACUCAAUGGAAUCAAAUAUUUUUAGUGAAAUAUUGGAAGUUUUAAGGACAGAAUUUAUGAAAAGGAAAGAACCUAUAUUUUGUUAUUUAAAAGAUCUUAGUCAAGUUAAACGAUUUAGAGCACUUAUCAUGUUUAUUAGUAAUAGUGAUAAAAAAAAUUUAAAGGCACUUUUCGAAUAUUGCAAUGCAGUGGAGCAUAUAUCUCAAAACGAACUUGCAACUUUGCAAAACAGAUAUGAAUUAUGAAAAUAAAUUCACGACAUUUAAUUAUGUUUAAACUCAAAUACAUAUAAGUC